GCAAAUAAAAAAAUUGCGUUUAAAACUCUAAAACGACAAAGAAAUUAAUACAUCAAAUAUCCCAAUAUUUGCUAUUCACGUCACUUCUUGUUUGGCUAUAUUUGCACAUCAACAUUUUUGGCCUGCAAUUUCUUCAAGUUAUAAAAGAUCUAUCUCUUCGUAAUCAAAGAUGGAACCAGAAAAUAGUGUUUCCAGAGGGACUCAAGUUAAGCUAUAUUCAAUAAUUAAAGCCUAACAGCUUUAUUCCGUACUUAAAAGCCUAACCACUAUAUUCUUAGCUAUAAAACUCCCUCUUAUCCUCUUUGGAAGGACAGUUGACAUAUUCUACGGAAUACUAUUUUUCUUAUUAGUCUCAGUUUAAUUUUUGUAACUAACAAUCAUGUAUAUUCCUUAAAAGCCUUUUCGAAUCUUGAUACACCCUCAUCACAGGAAGAAACUCACCAUGGAAAUUGCUUCAAGUCUUCAUUUCACCUUCUUCAUGUUCAUGUUUCUGCUCCUUUUCGCAUUUUUUUUAAACAAACCAGAAUCCUCCUAUAGCUUCACCUCCAAGAACCGAAUUUACUCCAAGUUCGGUUCAGUUUUAGAAACCCAAAUACCAAGAAACCCCAAAAUCAAUGAUUACUCUGGUCCAACACCUAAACACCCGUUAGAUCCACUUACAAUACAAGAAAUCAAUAAGGUUAGAGCCAUUCUUUUAUCUUUCUAUAAGCCCUUUUUGUCUUCUAACAAGUUUCCUACUAUUCAUUCUUUAUCACUUGAUGAGCCUGAAAAGUCUUUAGUAUCGGAGUGGAAACAAGGUGACCCUUUCCCUCCUAGAAAAGGACUGGUAAUUGCAGUCUUGAAUGGUCAAACUCAUCUUCUCAAUGUUGACUUGGCUUUGGGCCAGGUCACAGCCCAUGAAAUCAACUCAGCUUCAGGUUAUCCUAUGCUGUCCAUGGAAGAUAUUUCAGCUGCAGUUCAAGUAGCACUGUCUUACAAGGAGCUGAACCAGUCUGCUAUAGCAAGAGGAGUUCACUUAUCAGAUUUGUCUUGCAUAACCCCCUCACCUGGUUGGUUUGGGUCUCAUGAAGAAGGAAGAAGGGUUAUUAAGGUCCAAUGCUUCUCUAGCCAGGGUACACCAAAUUUUUUCAUGAGACCACUUGAAGGGUUAACCAUGACAGUAGACCUUGACAAGAAAGAAGUGGUAAAAUUUUCUGAUACAGGGAGGGGAAUUCCAAUUCCAAAAGAAACAAAUACUGAUUACAGAUAUAUAGAACAAGAAAAGCGAAUUGAAAUGGACCCUAUAAACCCGAUAUCAAUGGAGCAGCCAAAAGGUCCUAGCUUUACAGUAGAAAAUGGACAUUUGGUUAAAUGGGCAAAUUGGGUUUUCCAUUUGAAGGCUGAUCAAAGAGAAGGCAUGGUUAUUUCUAGAGCUAUGGUUAAAGAUUCAGAGACUGGAGUGCUAAGAAGUGUAAUGUAUAAAGGGUUUUGUUCAGAAAUGUUUGUCCCUUACAUGGACCCAGAUGAGAAUUGGUAUUUUAAGUCAUAUAUGGAUGCUGGAACACCCUAUGUUCAGCCCGAUAUGAUUUGUCUGUUCGAAAGAUAUGCUGGGGAUAUUGGUUGGCGUCACUCCGAGAUUCCUGUUAAUGGUUUUAAGGUACCUAAAAUCAAUUACUGCAUAUUUUUGUUUGUGAAAUUAGAGUAUAUAUAUAAUAAGAGAGGGCACCAGCUCAAUUCAGGGGUUUGA